UACGGUAGUUUCGGGGCGCCCCAGAAGAGUGCGCAGCCGCGGAGGAAUACACUGCCGAAGAGGAGCCGAGCACAGCCGCGGAGGAAUACACCGCCGAACAAGAGCCGUGCACAGCCGCGGAGGAAUACACCGCCGAACAAGAAGCAAGCGGCGUGCGCGCAGCCCGAACAAGAAGCUAGCGGCUAGCUCCCUCGUAGCCCCGCGGGCCCACACGAACCUCGCUCGGCUACUUGACGAUGAGCCAGCCGCUAGCAUGAACGGCGCCGUGUACAUCCCGUUCUUCCAGGGCCAGCUGGAGUCGGUUCUGGAGCAGGUGGUCCAGCUCGCCGUCCAGGAGAUCAGCUCCACGGUGGGUUCCAGCCUGAACGCGCUCCUGCUCGAAGCCACCGUCAAGGAGCAGGAGAACCGCCGCCUCCAGCUCCGCCUUCAGGCGUGGGAGGACCGCGGCCGAGCCCAUGGCGGCCCCAAGCAGAAGGCGGCGGCCGAAGGGAAGCUGGACGGCGGCAGGACUAAGCUCGAGCGACCGCUGGGCGCACAACCCCGCGGUCCUCCCGACGUCGCCCGCCUGGAGCAGAGGAGCCGCGUCGUGGACCAGCUCAAGGCGGUCAUGGAGCAGGUCCUGGACUUCGCCAUGCGCGAGCUGAAGAAGAUCGUGGAAGCCUCGUUUGAUGACCUUCUGCUGGAAAUCACCAAGAAGGAGCAGGAGCAGCAAGCGCUGGAGGACAAGCUGGACCAGAGGGGCGGAGGAACCAGAGCAGGACCACGGCGAGGGUCCGAGAACGACUCCGUGUCACCCAGCGGGUCGGAGGAUGCUCGCGAGGAUCCGCCAGCCGUGACCGCCGACCCCGCCCAUCGUCCAGACAUAUCCGUCUCCCAGGACUGGGUCCCCAUCCUGGACAAAGUCUUUGGACAGAGGUGGUGCAGCGAUGACUGGCGGGUCAAAGAGUCUGCAGGAGGGGGAGGGCCCGGCGGGCCAGAUGUGCCGCCGCCUCCAGUUACCCUGGAGACGCUGGAGCCCUCUCCGUCGUCCCCGCAGCAGGACCCCCGCUGGACGCCGUUGGAGGACAUGGAUGUGUUGUCCCCUGACGAGGACACCGGGGGCGGGGCCAGACCCUCCUCUGCACCUCCGCUGAGCCCGUCAGGAAGUUUAGGUCGCCGCUCGUCUGCCUCCAUGUUGCAGCGCCUGCUGACGUUACCGUCUCAGCUGCUGGACGACCACCACGACCCGGGUGGCGCUCGCAAGAAGCCUCAGGAGGUCAAGGACGGUCGUGACGACGGCGGCGGCAGGACGCCUGGCCACGCCUCCUCGUCUCCCUUGACAACUGAGGAGGAGGAGGAUGGGAAAAGGAAGAAGAAGAAGCGACGUAAGCUUUGGUCCCAGUGUGACGACUGCGGCCGAAGGUUCAGUCACGUCUCCACGCUGGGUGCUCACGCCGCCAACGCCACAGUUGGUUGUCCGCCAGCUCAGUGUUCAGAGUGCGGUCUCAGUGGCCAACAUCCUGUGAAAGCCAGAGGAGGCGAGAAGGAUGGAGGAGGCGCUCAAAGAUGAACGCACUUAAGUGAUGACCUGGCAGCCUUGCUCCCAGAUGGUUUUCACCACGGACAACAAGAACACAAAGUGCAGCAUGGCUUGGUUCUUGAGGUUCCUACUCUGACAGGCCAAGAUCAGUGAAAAGGUUCACAUUAAACCAGUUCACUGGACUUCCUGCUUGCUCAUUGCAAGAAAAUGUGGAAUCAGAACAAUGCCAAUGUUAAGAUUGCAAACUUGUUUUGUCAAAACAGGAAAUGGAUCCACACCACUUCCUGCGGGAUUGCUUGGAUAAUUUCCUACUUUGUCACCAGAUGUCAUGUGACCGAUAACGUUGUCUUCAUGACAAUGUUUUUUAAAAACUUGUCAAUUUUCCUCUGGAUCUAUCUAUUGGAUGAUGAUAAUGAAGAUUAGGAUGGACCUUUCUAACCCUGGACUUGGAUCAACUGGAGAUUAGGAUGGACCUUCCUAACUCUGGACUUGGAUCAACUGGAGAUUAGGAUGGACCGUCCUAACUCUGGACUUGGAUCAACCGGAGAUUAGAAUGGACCUUCCUAAUUCUGGACUUGAUCAAUUGGAGAUUAGGAUGGACCGUCCUAACUCUGGAUUUGGAUCAAUUGGAGAUUAGAAUGGACCUUCCUAAUUCUGGAUUUGAUCAAUUGGAGAUUAGAAUGGACCUUCCUAAUUCUGGAUUUGAUCAACUGGAGAUUAGAAUGGACCUUCCUAAUUCUGAACUUGAUCAACUGGAGAUUAGGAUGGACCGUCCUAACUCUGGAUUUGGAUCAAUUGGAGAUUAGAAUGGACCUUCCUAAUUCUGGACUUGAUCAACUGGAGAUUAGGAUGGACUGUCCUAACUCUGGAUUUGGAUCAACUGGAGAUUAGAAUGGACCUUCCUAAUUCUGGACUUGAUCAACUGGAGAUUAGGAUGGACCGUCCUAACUCUGGAUUUGGAUCAAUUGGAGAUUAGAAUGGACCUUCCUAACCCCGGACUUGGAUCAACUGGUAUUUAUCUCUGAAGGGUGAGCAAUUUAUUACAGACAUUCUGGGUAUCGGACUCAGCUUUAUUUUCAUUCUUUUGGUUUUGUGGUCCAAUUGUGAUCCUUUCUUGAAACCUUGUCUUCAGACACACUUGGUCACCUCCAAACACGGGGCUGGCUAUCAGACACGGGCUGGGUAACAUGGUUUAUUUGCACAAUCAAUUUCCAUUCAAAUCGACCCACACUUAAAGACGAAGUAUACACUGCAGGCCGAAGUGGCCCAAAUCCGACUUUUUCCCAGCUGACCGUUUACACACCCUCAGUCAGUGGAUUGAAUUUCCUCCGUAGGAUGGCGGGACUCUCCCUUUAGAGUUAAGAUGAGAAGUCACAUUGGAAAAGAUCAGAUUCCAAAGGGAUUGAGUCUGAUGCCAAAAGAUCAGAUUUGAAUCACUUUUAGACUGAUAUCUGCUCUGUCAUUUAAGAAUUGGUGUGCAGUGUAAACGGGGUCUUUAUUUGAAAAGGUCUCAGUUCUUCUCUUCAGCAUCAAGUGGUUUUAAGUGUUUGAAGUGAAAACAAGGUUGUCUUAAAAGUCCAUUUUGCAUUUGGUUAGCGCAGUCAGACAGGAUGUAACGCACAGGGAUUUUAUUGUGAAGGCCAGAAGUGUGCUUUUGGUUUGACAGUAUUGUGUGCAGGGAGAUGACGCCGUAAACAAAAGUACUCGUUUCCAUAGUGAUCUAACACUACUUGCAAAUAUACCCCGUCAAAAUCAGACUUGUUUAUGUUGUGGGAUCAUAACAAAGUUAGCAACUACUGUAUCUUCAUGUACUGUGUUUUCAAGGCUUGUGUAAAAUCAGGUACCAAGUCCCUCACUUGUUGGACGCUAACGUUAGCAUAGCAUGAUCCUGCUGCUCCUUGAUGCACACGACCAGUAUUGAUAUGACCCAGCCCUCUACAUACCUCAUUCAUGCCUUUUGUUACCUCAACUUUUACUGGAUGUUUUUUGCCGGUUCAAUUCCCAGGUCCUCUUGGAGGAAGAAACUUGCGAGGGCGAGUCAUCCGUAUGCUCACUUGUCAUUUCUCUUGACUCACCUUUGACCUACUUUAGCAGGAGCCAUGAAAAGACACUGUCAGUAAUUAACGUCUGUGGUGUUCUCUUCCUGACGUCUCAUAGUGUCAUGUGACGUGGUCGCCAUCAUGGACUCUUGAAAGGUUCCUGUCGCUGCUGGGAACAGUGUUUGUAUUGUAAACGAUUCCUAAUGUACCACUUGAAAGAAGGCGCAUAGGGAAAGUGUCCAUUUGUUGGCAACAAGGGAAGCUUUCAGAAGGAAGCACAAGUGUUUUUCAUGCAAUACUUUUCAUACGUAACAUUGUUUUCUAUCUCCACAGAUCAUGUGGAAAUGUAAGCGUGAAUUGUAAGAAGAUCAAUAAAUGUUAUAAAUGCUC